GUCCCGAGGAGAGAGAACAAACAUCGGAUGAGAAAGAUAAUAUAAUUUAAAACUUGCAAACCUUAUAAACAUGUUGUGUCUGUGUCUAGAUCCGUGUCAAGAAACAUUUCGCUUUUAUAAAUUAUAUUAUUUUCAUGUUCAUAAAUUAUUCAAUUUUGGUCUUAACCAAUAAUAAGCAUUUCAAAGUAAUAUACAUUGUUUAUAUGUAUGAAUUAUUUUGAUUUUGAUCUUCAUGUCACACAGUGAAGGAAGUUAAGAAAAAGCAAAAAUGGUGAAAAUUUGUUGCAUUGGAGCUGGAUAUGUUGGUGGUCCCACAAUGGCUGUGAUUGCCUUGAAGUGUCCUAAGAUUGCAGUAACCGUGGUCGAUAUUUCAGCGCCGAGAAUCAACGGUUGGAACAGCGACCACCUACCGAUCUACGAGCCAGGUCUUGAAGCCGUGGUGAAGGAGUGCAGGGGAAGGAACCUUUUCUUCAGCACUGAAGUGGAGAAACAUGUUGCAGAAGCUGAUAUAGUCUUUGUAUCUGUGAACACACCAACAAAAACUCAUGGUCUUGGAGCCGGCAAAGCGGCUGAUUUAACAUACUGGGAGAGUUCCGCUCGGAUGAUUGCCGAUGUUUCUAAAUCGGACAAAAUUGUGGUUGAAAAAUCAACUGUACCUGUUAGAACAGCUGAAGCAAUUGAGAGGAUUCUGACUCAUAAUAGGAAAAAAAUCAAUUUCACUAUUCUGUCAAACCCUGAAUUUCUUGCUGAGGGUACGGCAAUCAAAGACCUUUUCAGCCCGGAUCGUGUCCUUAUCGGAGGUAGGGAGACACCAGAAGGACAAAAGGCUAUAGAAACAUUGAAAGAUAUUUAUGCUAAUUGGGUCCCUAAGGAGAAAAUCAUUUGCACCAAUUUGUGGUCUGCUGAGCUCUCUAAGCUUGCUGCUAACGCCUUUUUGGCACAGAGAAUCUCUUCUGUGAAUGCUAUGUCAGCACUAUGUGAAGCAACUGGUGCUGAUAUCUCGGAGGUAUCACACUCAAUUGGAACAGACUCGAGGAUUGGACCUAAGUUCUUGAAUGCUAGUGUUGGUUUUGGUGGCUCUUGCUUUCAGAAGGAUAUAAUGAACUUGGUCUAUAUAUGCGAGUGUAAUGGUCUUCAUGUGGUAGCAAAUUACUGGAAGCAGGUGAUUAAGGUUAAUGACUAUCAGAAAAGCCGGUUUGUGAACCGUGUUGUUGCGUCCAUGUUCAACACAGUUGCUGCUAAGAAGAUUGCUGUUCUUGGUUUCUCUUUCAAGAAGGACACGGGCGAUACAAGGGAAGCACCGGCUAUCGAUGUGUGCAAGGGUUUGUUGGGAGAUAAGGCAAGGUUGAGCAUAUACGAUCCUCAAGUUACCGAAGAUCAGAUCAUAAAGGAUCUGUCGAUGAAGAAAUUCGAUAAGGAACAGCCUGCUCAUCUUCAACCACCAAGUCCAACUUCGAUAAAGCAAGUGGCUGUGGUUUGGGAUGCUUAUACGGCAGUGAAAGAUGCACACGGUGUUUGCAUUAUGACCGAGUGGGACGAGUUUAAGAAACUCGAUUACCAAAAAAUUUAUGACAAUAUGCAGAAGCCAGCAUUUUUAUUUGAUGGUAGGAAUGUUAUGGAUGUUGGUAAGCUCAGGAAGAUUGGAUUUAUUGUUUAUUCCAUUGGUAAGCCACUGGAUCCAUGGCUCAAGGACAUGCCUGCAGUGGCAUAAAAGGAAUCAUCAGUCUUGAGACAAUGUCUACCUAUUAUAUAUAAUUAAACAUUUCUUUACAUUAUUAGUUUUGUUUUAUCAGAGAACAUUACUUCUAAUUUUGUUUCUUUAGCUGCUGCAUAAUUUGUUGUCAUGCAAUUUUAUGUAAUAAAUUGUUGUUAUUA